GUCUCAGCUAGGACGCUCCGUCCUGAAGGUCCGUCGGGUCUAGCUGGUCUCGCGUGGGUCCUGCAGCGAGGGCGCCGCGGCGCAGACCAUGGAGGGCGCGCCGGCCGUGCCCCGCCUGCCCCCCCACGACCCGAACACGCCGGCGCUGUCGGUGGUAGACAUGCACACGGGCGGCGAGCCCCUGCGCAUCGUGCUGGCCGGCUGCCCCGAGGUGGUCGGGCCCACGCUGCUGGCCAAGCGGCGCUACAUGCGCCAGCACCUGGACCACGUGCGACGCCGGGUCCUGCUCGAGCCCCGGGGCCACCGGGACAUGUACGGGGCGGUGCUGGUGCGCAGCGAGCUGCCCGACGCGCACCUGGGCGUGCUGUUCCUGCACAACGCGGGCUACAGCUCCAUGUGCGGCCACGCCGUGCUGGCCCUGGGCCGCUUCGCGCUGGACUUCGGGCUGCUGCCCGCGCCCCCCGCCGGCGCGCGCGAGGCCCGCGUCAACAUCCACUGCCCCUGCGGGCUGGUGGCCGUCUUCGUGGCGUGUGAGGACGGCCGCAGCUGUGGCCCGGUGCGCUUCCACAGCGUCCCGGCCUUUGUGCUGGCCUCAGAUCUCAUAGUGGAUGUUCCUGGUCAUGGAAGGGUUAUGGUGGACAUCGCAUAUGGUGGCGCGUUCUACGCCCUCGUCAGUGCAGGAAAGUUAGGGCUCGAUGUCUGUGCUGCAAAGACAAGGGACCUCGUGGACGCCGCGAGUGCAGUGACCACGGCGGUGAAAGCUCAGUUUGAGAUUACUCACCCAGAGAGCGAAGACCUCGCCUUUCUAUAUGGAACCAUAUUAACAGAUGGGAAGGAUGCUUACAAUGAGGAACCAACCACCAACAUCUGUGUAUUUGCAGAUGAACAGGUUGACAGAAGCCCCACCGGCUCAGGAGUGACAGCCCGCAUCGCUCUGCAGUACCACAAAGGCCUUCUAGGCCUGAACCAGCCCAGGACCUUCAAAAGCAGCGCGACCAGCUCGGUGUUCACAGGCAGCGCUGUGAGGGAAGCAAAAUGUGGAGAUUUCAAAGCUGUUAUCGUGGAAGUAUCCGGACAAGCCCACUACACAGGUACAGCAAACUUUACGGUAGAAGACGAUGACCCACUGAAAGACGGGUUUCUCCUCACGUGACCUCCGCCAGGGCUUGAACAGCUUUUGUUCUAAAGUAAUAAUUACUUGUAAGUAAUGCUUUCUCAAAAUUAUGUGAAAACCAAUGUCUACUUAUUCACAUGAGCUAAUUUCCAUUCUUAAAAUAAUAUACUGUGGCUAAAUAGAAAGUCAUUAUACUUCAUAUUUACUAAUAUAUUUUGGUACAAAAAUCACUUAAGUCUAGCAUGUAAAGUGCCAAAAAUUCAGAAAAAAAUUUUCUAAGCUAUUAACAUUCUGAGUAAAAUUAAGAUCUUUUAAAACAUUACUCUAUGGUAAUGACUAUAUUUUGUUCUAAAAGUUCUCCGAAUAAUAUCUGAAAUUGUAGUCAUCUCAGUGGAGCUUACAAGUCCGCUGUCGUAGCGUUCUAUCUUGCGACGAGUAAUGCCCUGUAAAGGAGCCGGCUGACAGGAUGAGCAGUCUUAGCAUGCACAGCCAGGGAAGGCCCCGUGGGACAAACUGCUUUCACUUGGCAUCCUUGCAGCAGCUGAGGUGUGCUGCGUGCCUCAACACCAGCUCCUACAGGGACUGGACAGCCGUAAAUUGAUUCUGAGAAAAAAAACCAACCUAGUAAUUAGGUUUUUGGCACCUCUUUCAGGCUUCCUGGGAGGAGUUAAGGACAGCUCAAACUCAGAGCCGCAUGAAUGCUAAGCAUAUACAGUAGCCCCAGCCUCUUUCAGCUUUUACAGAAGAGGUUGCUUACUACUAACUGAAAUGCAGGUACUUGUUAGAAAUGAGAGAGUCAAGGGCCGGCGUGAUAGUCCAGUGGACUAAGCACCUGCUUAGGCAAGUGCAGGGACUGG